CCCCUCCUCCGGCAGUUCUCUCAGAUCACGCAGCAUCAUUGACGACUCUGCUUUAUUUCUUUAUAAACCAAAUUUAUCUUGCUUACACUUAUCGGGUCUUCACAUUUUAAGUCUUUUGAACUGUUUUGGUUGUCUCUUUUUAAAUCAGAUCGUCUUUUUAAUUAGGCUGUUUCACUCACGUUCCUAUUUAUUUACAAAUAAUGUAAAUAAUCUCAAGGAUCAACCGAUUCUUGAGAUUACAUCAUCUGGAGAUCUAUUGUUUUGGAUCAAAAAGAAGGAUUUUCAAGACUUCUCCUCAAAAGCUCUAAAAUGCCCAAUGAAAAGCAGCCUGGUGCUAAAUAUGAGAUGAAAUCCCUGAAUGCUCCUCGAGACGAUGACAACUGCCGCUCCAAUGACUUGCCUUACCCUGACUUUAUGAAGAAGGUUCCCCUGGAUGGGCAAUACCCUGACUUGGAUGCAGAGAGUCAAAAAUUCCUCCCUGAACACAAUCUAGGCAAGAAGAAAUGUGAACCUGAAUAUCACCAGGGCAAUGCCUCCUUUGGCAUGUCCGUCUUCAACUUGGGCAAUGCCAUCAUGGGCAGUGGCAUCCUGGGGUUGUCCUAUGCCAUGGCCAACACUGGAAUCGCCUUGUUUGUGAUUCUCCUGGUUUCAGUUGCAAUUUUCUCCUAUUAUUCUGUCCACUUACUGCUGAAGACAGCCAAUGAAGCAGGUGCCCUUGUUUACGAGGCGCUGGGUUACAAAGCUUUUGGGAUGCCAGGCAAACUCGCAGCUUCCUGCUCCAUCACCAUGCAGAACAUUGGAGCCAUGUCGAGCUACCUCUACAUCAUCAAAUAUGAGCUCCCCAUUGUUAUUCAAUCUUUUACUGGAGCAAGUGAUGGUGAAUGGUACAUCAAUGGAGAUUACCUUGUACUGCUGGUCUCGCUAUUAGUUAUCCUGCCUCUCUCGCUGCUCAGGAACUUGGGUUACCUUGGUUACACCAGUGGUCUGUCUCUACUCUGCAUGGUGUUCUUUCUGAUUGUGGUGAUCAUUAAGAAGUUCCAGAUGCCGUGCCCUCUGCCUAUUCCUGACACUCAGAAUGAAACCAUACGUAUGUUGAACAGCACCUCCCACAUUGACAACGUCACUAGUGACGACGACGACGACGACACUUGCAAGCCUAAAUACUUUGUACGCAACUCACAGACAGUCUAUGCAGUACCCAUCCUUACCUUUGCCUUCGUGUGCCACCCUACUAUCCUACCCAUGUAUGAGGAGCUCAAAGACCGGUCACGCCAAAAGAUGCAGAAUGUGGCCAACGUGUCCUUCCUGGCCAUGUUCAUCAUGUACCUGCUGGCCGCGCUCUUCGGAUACCUCACCUUCAACAUCCACGUGGAGCCUGAGCUGCUCCACACCUAUUCUAAGUUCUACAAGUACGAUGUUCUGCUGCUGGUUGUUCGUCUGGCUGUGCUGGCUGCUGUCACACUCACAGUCCCUGUGGUGCUUUUCCCCAUCCGUACCUCAGUCAACCACCUACUGUGCCCAACAAAGGACUUCAGCUGGAUCCGUCACAUUAUUAUCACCGUGGUCCUGCUGGGAGGAACCAACACUCUGGUCAUCUUUGUCCCCACCAUCAGAGAUAUCUUUGGCUUCAUUGGUGCCUCUGCUGCUGCAAUGCUGAUCUUCAUCCUGCCCUCAGCUUUCUAUAUUAAACUCGUCAAGGAGUCAAUGAGAUCCAUGCAGAAGAUCUGGGCCUUGAUGUUCCUGAUAUUAGGAAUUGUGGUCAUGUUUGUUUGCAUGACUCUUAUCAUCAUGGACUGGAUCGUGAACAAACAAGGCCACUGAAGCUUCAGCUCUUCUGCUGGCGGAGGCGAAUCUCUCAGAGCUUGACUGCAACAAAUACACAACCAAGAAAAAAACAACUGUGUGAUGAACAAAGUAAACCACAAAGACUCACUUGAUGCUCGAUUUGGGCUUUCUGAGCAAUGGACCAUACCAUUCCAAGAGAAUGUAUCUGAACUCUGUACAUUACCUUAAUCUAGACCACAAGGUUGGUGUUUUCUUAUUUUUAUGGUAUCUUUUUAAAUAGUCUUUUUCUUUUUACGUUUUAUUGUGGUACAGCUGUAAACAAAAGGCAACACACCAGACUGAAAAGUCCAUUUUAAAACACAGCUUACGUUCAGGUACAGUGUUAUUUGCGUGAGAAUAUAGCUGUGAACUCUGACUUUAGUGUGAACAUCCUGCUGAGAGAAGUAUGUCAAUCUCCAAAAAGACUGACAUGAGGCCACGUGUCUUAAAUUUAGGUUCUUUCAACCUUUGUUUUCUUUUUGUUUAACUUUACCAAGAUUUGUCUGUAAAACAUAUAUGUAUAUUGAAAAGCACUUACCGCUUUUGUCAGUUUUCACUUGAACAGCACCUAUUCAGUAUUUCUACUAAGGUCCUGUGAUUUUGCUCAAAGUGUCAGCUAGCGAAUCUGUGAACAGAACCAGACACUGGGAGAUCUGUAAUAGAUCUUGUUUGAAAGGCAUGUGCAGCAACAACACUACUGCUACGAGGAGGCCGCCAAGCCUUCCGGUUCCACCUCCCCAGCUCCUGAGCGGGGGCAUGGAGGGAAACCUUGAAUCUUUUUCUUUAUGGGAGAAUGCUCUGAAUUUGACCACAUGUAGUGGUUGUAAUAUACCUGUUACACUUGCAAAACCACAACAAUUUUAGCUGUUUGAAGUCAGGUGCAUUUCUAAACACCAAGAAACAACCAAGAAAAGACCUGGAAUUGUUCAGUGUUUAAUGUCAUCGCACCAUAUAGUGUUUUACAAUGAAGAACAUGGCAGCCCAGCAUGGAUCAAAUUCCCACCGAGUCAAGAACUGAUCAUCAGAGGGUGCACUGUGCUUCUAACACUAACACAUCACAAACCUGUUUGUCAUCUAUUUAUGGAAGACCGUUAAAGAAGUGUAAUUUAAACUAUUUUAAUAUAUUUAUACAAUAUGAUAUGUAUAUAUGUAUGUAUAUGUAUAUAUUUUUUUUGUUUUUAAAGCUUUGUGUUCAAAACCUUUACAGAACAAUUUCAUGGACCUCAAAAUUCAAACGUGAUGAUAUUGUGAAAAGUUUGUUCCAUAAUAUUUCAACUUUAUCUGUGCAUCUCUGUAGAAACUCACAAAAUAUUCAUACUGUAUGGAUUCAAUGUAGAAAAGUCACGAAUGGGGCCACGUUUUAAAAUUUUAAGCCCCUGAUGACAAAGAUGAGUAAGCAAAAUGUUCUUUUUGCUCAGACAUGGAAAGGACACUGCUCAUCUGUGUUACACUCUUGUUUCAAUGAAACGCUAAUCACGUGCUGUAAAUAAUGUCCCAAUAAAAUGAACUAUGACCCAGAA